AUGGAGCUGCUGUGCGUGGAACCUGCGGCCCGAGUACCCCGCGCCGGGCGCGACCCGCAGCUGCUGGGGGACAGGCGGGUGCUGCAGAACCUGCUGAGCCAGGAGGAGCGCUACAGCCCCCGCGUCUCCUACUUCCAAUGCGUGCAGCGCGAGAUCAAGCCCUACAUGCGGAAAAUGCUGGCGUUCUGGAUGCUGGAGGUGUGCGAGGAGCAGAAAUGUGAAGAGGAGGUGUUCCCCUUGGCCAUGAAUUAUGUGGAUCGCUACCUGUCUUCUGUCCCCGUGCGGAAAAAUCACUUGCAGCUCCUGGGGGCGGUCUGCAUGCUGCUGGCUUCCAAGCUGCGAGAAACCAUGCCCCUUACUGUGGAGAAGCUCUGCAUCUACACAGACAACUCCAUCACGCCUCAGCAGCUCCUGGAUUGGGAGAUUCUGGUCCUGGAGAAGCUAAAGUGGGACCUGGUCUCAGUGAUAGCAAAUGAUUUCUUGGCUCACAUCCUCCAUCACCUCCCGCUUCCUAAGGAUAAGAUGGAGCUGGUGAAGAAGCACGCACAGACCUUUAUUGCCCUGUGUGCCACAGACUACACUUUUUCCAUGUACCCCCCCUCCAUGAUCGCGACGGGCAGCAUCAGCGCGGCAGUGCACGGCCUGAGCAUCUCCGUGAAUGGCUUUGGUGGGGAGGCGGUCACUGAGCUGCUGGCCAGCAUUACUGGCACGGAGGUGGACUGCCUGAAGGCUUGUCAGGAGCAGAUUGAGGCAGCCCUAGCCGAGAGCCUGAAGCAGGCAUCCCAAUGCCAACAGGAAUACAGCGCCGCCAAGACUGCUGCUUACCCGGCCAGCCAGCCCACCAGCACGCCCACAGACGUCACGGACAUCAACCUGUGACCAGCUGCCCCCACCCGAGAGCUGCCCAGCCCCACAGCAGCAGGACCUGGCCCCGGGCACCCAGAACUCACUGCGUCCCCCCAGCCCAUCUGAGAGCCUGUCCGCCUGAAGCCCGCUGUGGGGAUUCGCUCUUCCUGCUGGCUGCGUAGGGACAGCACUGUGCUCAUCCUUCUCCCCUCCUCCAGCGCCGGGGGGGCAGGGGGAAGGCACUGAGGGCUCUGGUGAUGCUGAGGGGCUCACUGCUGCUUGGACUCUGCUCGCUGGCUGUUGGGGGUGGCACGGAUGAGGAGGCCUUUCUGGUUAGGGGGGGCUCCAGAAGAGCUGGGGAGGGGAGUGGAAUUCAAAAGGAAAUGGUAAAAUGUUCCUGUUCGCUUUCCUCGUCGCCUGGGCGGCAGAUGUCAGCUGUGCUCAGGUGUGUUUACUGCAAUGACUUCCAGCCCUGCAUGGGCCACCAGUUGUGCACAGCCAGCUCUCUCCUGGCUUAUGUGACCAAAAUGCCCGUGACCCCCUCGUCAAGCACAGGGCAGGUGCUCGUGGGUCCCUGGGUCCAGGGCUGCCACAGGAUAGCUGUGGCUCCGGGGUGGUGUGGCUGCUUCUGCUUGGAGGGAUGCGUGUGCCUUGUUUCUUGUUGCCAUUAGGUCUGGGAUUUGCAGGUUCUUGGCUUUGCUUUGGGGAAGCGCUCCCUUUUUUGUGUGCAUGGCAGAGAAGUCCUCGUCCUGGGGACAGCCCUGGGGUGAGGUCUGGGUGCAGCAUGAUGCUGGAACACAGACCCAUGAGAAGAGCCUUGGCUUUCUGCUGCCCCACUGAGGUUGCUUAAUUUAUUGUUAAGUGCUAUGAAAAGGGGAGGGAGGAAGGCUGCUGCUCUGUGUGGUGGGGCCUGGAUGCUGGUCUUCUCUCCUUCCUGAAGUGCCUUUAUCCUCUAUCCCCUUCCUUCGCUCCCUGGGCAAUGGGAGACUCACUUGAAAGCUGGUUUGCUGUAGGUAGCUCAGACGUCAGGCUAGAAUUAAACAGAAAAAAAACAAAAACAAACAAAAAAAAACCCACAAUGAAUGUGCUGCUAUAGUCUGAAAUGUAUCUUCACUCCUCCAAGCCAGGUAUCUCAGAUUGUGUCCAGGGGGGGGCUGUUCUGCAUCAAUACCCAUAUGGCUCUGAGCUGUGUCCUCACAGGGUAGGAAACUUGCUGCGCACUUGAGUUGAAAAGUGAUCGCAUUUUGUUGUUGUUCUUGUUAAUCCUGUCUGUUAGUUUUAAAAAAAAAAAAAGGUUGUUUUUUAAAGAAGAUAAUUAUAUAAUGCUGCUUUUCUAAGAGAGAAUCAGUUAAGUGUAGACAUCAUAUUAACCAGGAAUAGCCAGAGAGCUCCUGGGGGGCCGGGAGGCAGUGCUGCUGGGUGUGCCCUCCAGACACGUGGAGCCAUGGCUGCUGCCCUCCUGGGGGGGAAAUCUGCUCUGGGUGCCACUAGAAGAAUAAGUUUUAUUGGGUGGAAAAAGCUGGGGCUGCUGUUCUCCCACUGCCAAUGUGUCGCGAGGUGCAUCUGUACAAACACAUUUUUAUAUAUAUAUAUAUAUAUAUAUAUGAGUGAGUUUUAAUUUAAGAGUAAUCUGUUUUGGUGUUCACAUGCAAGAGUCCUGCUGCUGGGAAAAUCAGAGUAUGGUAUAAUGUUGCAAUAAAGUAUUUUAAAUGAG